AAUAAUGGUAUCGAAAGGUCAACUAUUAGUGUUCACAUCUGGAAAAGAUAAUGUCAACUGCAGCUUCAGACUUCAGAGUGAACCUAUGACAGCCAGCCCCCACACGAUCUGAAAGAUCAAUUUUUCGGAUGCCGGCCAGCACGUGUACUGAUAGCUGCUCCUGCUCCUGCUCUCACCUCUUGCCCAUGGCGGCAAAAGCGGCGUCCUUAAAAGUCUGGGGCUGACACAUGACAUGAAAGAACUGUAAAUUAAUACGACCUCGAGGUCAACGAUUGAUGAGUUUUAGUUUUGUUAAUGUGGCAUUCGGAACCCAAAUCUCUCUGUAAUUCUUUUUCUAUGGCUUCUGAUGAGAAAUGAAUCGAGUGACUUCAACAGCUUUUCCUGCAGGUCCUCCUAAUGGAAACCGGCCGGCGACUGGGUUCCAUGAAGGGCGGACAAAGGUCCACGUUUUGACCCUUCUCCUCUACUCUCCGUCAUCAACAUUAUCAUCGAGAAAACCCCAAAAGGCGGCGUCUUGGAAUCAUCUUCUUUCCAUGGAGUUUACUCAUCGCCUCCUUCUCCCGCCAUUUUUCUUCUUCUUCUUCCUUGUCCUCUUUCGUCCCGCUGCUGCCGCUUCAAAUGAUACAGUGACACCAUCACAACCGCUUAGAGACGGCGACGUUUUGGUCUCCAAAACCGGCACAUUCGCGAUCGGAUUCUUCUCCCCCGGCCGAUCUACCAAUAGAUACCUCGGCAUUUGGUUCCAUCAAAUCCGCCAGCAAUCCGUCGUCUGGGUAGCCAACCGUAAUCACCCAAUCGCGGCCGGCGAUUACGGAAUCCUCUCAAUCGACGGCACCGGCAACCUCGUCCUCCAUUCACAAAAUCGAACUUCGAUUUGGUCAACCAACGUUUCGGCGAAGUUCGAUUCCCCGCGCUUCGCGCGGAUUUCAGAUUCAGGGAAUUUCGCGCUUUUCAAUUCGACGGCGGCUCUAUGGCAGAGCGUGGAUUACCCGACGAACACAUACCUACCGGGAUCGAAGCUCGGGUUGGAUCGCAAAUCGGGUCUGGAUCGGUUCAUAACCUCGUGGAGAUCCGACGACGACCCUGCAACAGGCGAAUUCUCGUUUCGGGUCAACCCGAACGGCGCCCCGCAAGUCUUCCACUACCGAGGCGAAGGAAGAAAAAACCCAUAUGCCAGAAGCUUUCCCUGGCCAUGGAAAAGCUUCCCCAAUCUUUUCAACGCCUCGUUCAUCAACAACGAAGACGAGGUCUAUUUCUCCAUCUUCUUGACCGAAGAAGAUUCUUUUCUCUUCUGGGUAGCUAUGUAUCCGAAUGGAGUCUUGCGUCAGAAGAUCUGGUCACAGGGUUACGAGGAUUGGAAGGAGUAUUGGGCGACGCCGACGCAGAAAUGUGAUUCCUACGGGCGCUGCGGCCCCAAUGGUGUGUGCGAUCCUGGUAAUGGCAACGCUUUCGAGUGUUCUUGCUUGCCUGGAUAUGAACCCAAGUCAAUGAGAAGCUGGCGAUCGUUUGACGGGUCUGGCGGGUGCGUGAAGAAGGGAUCGGGAAAUUCGGAUGGGUUUUGUGGGCUGGGAGAAGGGUUCGUGAGAAUGCUCAAGAUAAAGGUUCCUGAUACUUCAGGAGCCGUUUGGAUUGAUAGGCGUGUUGGCGGAAGUGAAGUGAGCUGUGAGCGAGAGUGCAGGAGAAACUGUUCUUGUUCUGCCUUUGCUGAUAUGGAUGGUGCUGGGAAGGAGAGUGUUUGCAUGUUAUGGUACGGAGACUUGAUGGAUGCAAUGUAUUUCCCUGCUACGUCCCAGGAUUUGUAUGUUCGAGUUGAUGCAACUGAAUUUGCUUAUUAUCAGGCUGGGUCAAAAGCCUCUGCUGAGCUGAGGUUGAAGUUGAGCAUUGUCCUGCCAGCUGUUGCUUCAACAGGGCUUGUCCUUGUUGCGUUUUGCUUGUUUUGGCUCAAGAGAUGGCGAAACAGGACUGCAAAGAGGAGAAGGAUCAGAAAUUUGUUCCAUCCAAAUGAUGGUUCAACUCGAUCCGUGGUUUCUGUGAUGACAGAGGAAACGGAUGGAAGCUCAGUGUCUCCAGAGCUGCCAUUUUUCAGCAUCAGCACCGUUCGAGCUGCUACCAAUAAUUUCUCUUCUGCUAACAAGCUUGGACGAGGAGGGUUUGGCUUAGUGUACAAGGGGAGACUACCUAGUGGGCAAGAGGUUGCUGUGAAAAGGCUCAGUGUAACUUCUGGGCAAGGACUGGAACAGUUCAGGAAUGAAGCACUGUUGAUUGGAAAGCUCCAACAUAGGAACCUUGUCAAGCUCUAUGGAUGCUGCGUUGAGGAAGAAGAAAAAAUUCUGGUUUAUGAGUACUUGCCUAACAAAAGUUUGAACCGUUUUAUUUUCGAUCAAAUUGGAGGAGCAACAUUAGAUUGGACAAUACGUUUCAAUAUCAUAAUUGGUGUCGCACGUGGAAUCUUGUAUCUUCAUCAGGAUUCGAGGUUCAGAAUCAUCCACCGAGACUUGAAAACCAGCAACAUUCUCCUAGAUGCAGAGCUUAACCCCAAAAUCUCAGAUUUCGGCUUAGCUAUGGUUCUUGAAGCCGACCAAUAUCGUGGGAAGGUAGCCAAGAUUGCAGGAACUUUUGGUUACAUGUCCCCAGAGUAUGCAACGCUUGGUAUAUAUUCUGAAAAAUCCGACGUCUUCAGUUUUGGGGUCAUAUUGAUCGAAAUGGUUACCGGCAUGAAGGUCAAUAAACUAAUGGAAGGAGCUGAAAACAAGAGCUUGAUAAGCACCGUGUGGGCGCUAUGGCAGGAAGACAAAGCGAUAGAGGUUGUUGAUUCAUCAAUGGUGAUGAGAUCAUACAAUGCGGAGGAAGUAUUGAGAUGUUUCCAAAUUGGCCUGUUAUGCAUGGAGGAAAAUGCCGAGGAUCGACCCAAUAUGCUGACAGUGGUUCUCAUGUUGAACAGUGCGAUGCCUCUUCCUCGUCCCAAACAGCCUGCAUAUGCCAGUGACGGAAGCUGCUCCAACCGCCAACCUACCAGAUCAUGUUCUAUAAACGAACUAACUCUGUCAGGAGUUGUUGCACGCUGAUUCUUUGUGGCUGCAGUUGGAAGAACGCAGUUGAUGUCCAGUUUUGCCUGACUUAUGGAUCUUCCCUGGUACGCAAUGAGAUGCCACUGCAUUAUCGUUGGCUCAGCUAAAAUCUGAACCUUCUGUGCACGUGGUUGCUUUGAUCUGAUCCAAUCCAAAUCCGUUCUCCCCUUGUUUUGCACUUGUUCCGUUAAGCUGCCAGUUUGUCGGUUAAGCGAAACAUGUCUCCCAGUCCCAGGUCAAAUCGAGAGGGCACGAGGCUGUUCAGACAUUGCGUCGUGCUGUUCAAGUGCACGAUGAAGGCUGUAAUCCAUGGUCCGUUUCAGAUUUGAUUUCUGGGUCGCCUGUAUGAGAAGGAGCGGGAAAGAAAAGUGUUCAAGAUUGCGCGCGAAUUUAUGAACUGACUUGGUGUAGGGCCUAGAGUGGAAAAAGUCUUGUGCCCAUUAGUUGUCGUGCUUCUCUUACCUUCCUCUCACCUUCCCCGUCGACCCGAUGUAAUGAAUGCAAACAGAAAGC